AUGGAGGAGGAGCAGGCGAUGGCGGCGAAGCGCGAGGGCCUGCAAAGGGAGGAGGCGGUGCACGCCCAGGCGGUCGAGGAGCGCACUGCCGCCAUGACUAAGUACUUCCAGUCUGCUCAGGCGCAGCUGGCGCGGGGCCAGGCGAAGCUGCAGCAGCGCAAGGAGGCGUGGUCACAAGAGUCUCGGGCGCGGCAAAUGGCGCAGGAGCGGGUGGACCGUGAGCUGCGCGCCAGGGAGGAAGGGCUGCAGGUCAUGGAGGAGGACAUGCGCACCAGGCUGGUUGCGGCGGGCAUGGCCGCUAUGGCCGUGCGAAAUGUGAUGAUGAGGGCAAAGGCAGCGGACGCGGAGGCCGCCGUGAUGCAGGCGGAGGCAAGGCAAGACGACGCCGAGCGGCGGGAGGGCGAGGCGCUCGUGGCGGCCAUGGUGGCGGGUGCAUUCGCCAAGGCUGAGCAGCAGGCCGCGGCGCACGGUAUGGAGGAGCUGCAGCGGGCGGUUGAUGCGUUCGAGCUGGAGCGGGCUCAAUGGCGCGUGAUGGUCUCGGAGGAGGAGCAGGCACUGGCGGCGAAGCGCCAGGCCCUGCGCGUGGACGAGGCCGCCCACAGCGAGCUGCUGGAGGCGAGGCAGGGCGCGUUCAACUUCUGCUGCCAGAGGAAGCGGCAGGAGGUGGCGCAGGCAAAGGAGGAGGUGCGGCAGAGCAGGGCGGCUUUGGAGCGGGACGAAAGGGCGCUGGACGUGGAGCGUGAGAGGUCUGACGUGGAGCUGCGUGCCAGGGCGGAGCAGCUGCGCAGGGAGGAGGAGGACUGCCUCACCAGGCUGGCGGCUGCGGACAUGACCGCCACCGCCUUCUCCAGGGUCAUCAUAUGGGCGGAGGUGGAAGACGCGCAGGCGGUAAUGAAGCAGGCCGAGGCGCGGCGUGUCGACGCCGAGAGGCGGGAGCGUGAGGCCAUCGUGACAGCCGUGGUGGUGGGCGCAAUUGUCGGUGUCAAGCAGCAGGCCGCGGCUUGUGAGCUGCAGGGGGUGGCGGCCGAGCUGGAGUCUCUGAAAAAGGAGAAGGCCGCCCACGGCGCCGUCACUGUCGCUGCCGGGGCGGCCGAUGUUAUGGGCUGCUUCAUCAUGGAGCCAUCCGAGAUGGCAGCGCCGCCGCACCAGGGGACGGAGUGCGUGGACGGCACGCCGCCGCAAGAAGAGGAGGAGGAUGUGCCAGGGGGAGAUGCGGAGGGCUGCGCGCUGAGCGGGGAGCGGUCACUCCAGGCCCUCACGACGAGCACCAAGAUGGAGGCAGGGGAGGCGCCCCAUGGCCCUCCAGGCCAGGAGCCGCAGCCAAACUCUGCCUGUGGGGCCACGGAUGAGGGCCAAGACCAGGAGGCCGAGGCGCCCGCGGCAUCAGUCAUUCCUGAGGCCAAUGCCAGCGCCGGCUUCAGCGACGACGCCAGCACGCCGCAGGACUCUGGGGAGCCCACCCCGCGCACCAGCAGCACUGGCGGGGCCCUGCAGGCCGAGAGCAUGGGCGAGGGCGAGGGCGAGGGGGAGGGUGAGGAGCAGCCUCCCUCGCUGCUGACUGCCGGGGCCGACGUCAGUGGCAGCCCGCAAGAGGCGGGCGGAGACGACGAGGCCUGGCAGGGUCCGGACGGGGAGGAGCCGGCGGCAGACAGCGUGCCCUUUGUCCGAGGCCGCCACACCCGAGGGGGCAAGCGGCACAGGAGGUUCCUUCGACACAAGGCCAGGGAGGAGGAGGAGCGCGAGCAGCAGUUGCUGUUGGAGCAGCACCUGCAAGAGCAGCAGCUGCAGCAGGCGGAGGAGCACGUGCAGCAGCAGCAGUGGGGGCAGCAGCACUGCUGGCAGCAGGCACAGCAGCAGCAGCAGCGGCAGCAGCAUGCGCGGCAGCAGCAUGCGCGGCAGCAGCAGCAGCAGCAGCAGCAGCAGCAGCAGCAGCAGCAGUGGCAGCCACCCGUCCAUGCGGGCGUGAAGGGGUGGCCCCCACAGCUGCUGGCAGCUGGCGGCUGGGACUUCAAAAGGGCGGUCGUUCCGGGGUCAGGGCAGGGCUCCGCUAGCUUUGAUGCUGGGCGGCGCGGCCCUCUGUACCUGCAGCAGACUGCGGCCGUGUACGGUCCCCAGGGCGGCGGGACGAAGGGAGUGCCGCUGCAUUGGCAGGCUGCGUCUGCCGGUAGUCAGGCGGGCAACAUGGCGCAUCUGAACGUGGGGCCGCCCAUCAAUGGCGCGCUCUGGCGCGGCGGGCGCGUCCCCGGCACGUUCUUAAACGCGUGA